UUAAAACCUGCAGCCGCGAGCUCCGUGGGUGAGCCAAUCAGGUGGCGGGGGCGUGUUUAUCUCCGCGUUAACCCCCUGUGGCCCGGUCGCGCUGUGCCUGGCAGGCAGCUCUUUGCCCGGGGAAGAAGCUUCGUUCGGUUCUUCGCGAUCGUGUCGGUGGAUGUGAGCGGGCGCUGCGCACAGGGAGCCGGCCAUGAGGCACUACUAGAGGCGGCACUGGCACUACAGGGAUCCGCACAUCUACGUUCCAUUGGCCGUCAGCGCUAUCGCCACAAAGACCUGGAGAUGUUACAUCUACGCUGCCUGCUGGCUUGUCUUCAGCUCCUCUCUGCCUGUCAAGUGGGCUUGGUGUCUGGAUAUAGACAGCAACGAAAAUUAAUUGAAGACAUAGACUGGUCCUAUACAGAAAGCUUAAGCCAAACAAAUUGGGUGAAAAAAUAUCCUGCAUGCAAUGGUGCCAAACAGUCUCCUAUCAACAUUGAUGAGGAUCUCACACAGCUAAAUCUGAAUCUGAAGAAACUAACAUUUCAAGGCUGGGAACAAAUAUCUAAUCAUACUUUAAUUCGAAACACAGGAAAAACAGUGGAAAUUAACUUAACUGGAGAAUAUUAUCUUAGUGGUGGUGCCUUAGAUACAGUUUAUCGAGCUAGCAGAAUAACAUUUCACUGGGGAAAAUGCAAUGCUACUUCAGAUGGAUCAGAACACAGUUUGGAAGGCCAGAAAUUUCCUUUAGAGAUGCAAAUCCUAUGCUUUAAUAAUGACCAGUUUGAAACUUUGGAUGAUGCGAUAAAAGGAAAUGGGAAACUGAAAGCUUUAUCAGUUUUAUUUAAGAUUGGUCAAGAAAACACAAAUUACAAUGCAAUCAUCAAUGGAGUUGAUAGCGUUCAUCGAUUUGGUAAGAAGGCUGAGCUAGAACCAUUUGUCUUGCUAGACCUUCUGCCAAACUACACAGACAAAUAUUAUACGUACAAUGGAUCGCUAACAACUCCCCCAUGUUCAGAAACAGUAGAAUGGAUUGUUUUUAAGGACACAGUAACCAUUUCUGAAGCUCAGCUGGAAUAUUUUUGCGAGAUCCUCACAAUGCAGCAGUCUGGGUAUGUCAUGGUGAUGGAUUAUCUACAGAACAACUUCAGGCAACAGCACUACAAGUUUUCUGGACAGGUGUUCUCUUCUUAUACUGGAAUAGAGGAAAUACUUGAGCCAGUUUGUAGUUCAGAACCAGAUGAUGUCCAGGCAGAAUCCCAGAACAGCACAAGCCUUUUAAUUACUUGGAAGAGGCCUCGAGUUGUUUAUGAAGCAGUUAUUGAGAGAUAUGUUGUCUAUUACCAGCAGCUACAAAGAGAAGACCAAACAAGGCAUGAAUAUCUGACAGAUGGCUACCAGGAUUUGGGUGCAAUUUUGUAUAAUUUAAUGCCCAACACAAGUUAUGUACUUCAAGUUGUGGCAUUGUGCAGCAAUGGUCUGUAUGGGAAACGCAGUGAUCAAGUGGUCCUUGAUCUGACUAUGGAUAACCCAGGAAAUGACCUCUUGAUUGAUGUGACAGAGACUGAGGAGGACAUAGAGGGUAGUGAAGAAGAUGAAAAUAUGUAUGCAAUAUCAUUGAGCACUGUAAGCACUAAAUACCAAAUACAUGGCCAAGGAGCUCAAGCAACAACUUCUCAGUACAAAGAAGAUCUGGGUUCCCAGCCAUACAAACAAACACCAGAAACAUUGAAGGAUCAAUUGCAUGGGCAGCCUGAUCGUCUUAAAACUUUGUUGUAUCCUACUUUGCAGUCUACAGUGAAGUCAUCUGUUGUUACAGAAAACGAGGCAUAUGGAGCGAAAACCACUGAACAAGAUGAAGAAGCCAGUAAAUCUAAGGAGCUAAAAAAUAAAGUUGAAUUAUGGAUUGUCAAUAACUCUGACAGUACCAAACCAUCUGCUGAAAAUGAACUUCCUGUGACCACCACUAGUUGGAAAAGGAGGAUCUUGAUGCCGACUGACAGAUUGUGGUACAGUGAUAAUGACACGUUGUUGACAACUACAGCCACUUUUACUUCAGGGGUCACUCCAGUAAAAAACACUCAGGCAGAUAACAUUUCUAUACAGUCACUACAAACAAGUUCUAGUGAAGAUAUAUCCCCUGGCAUGGAUAAAGAAUUUAUUAAACUAGCGACUGAAGAGAGACUCGGUGUAUUGAAUGCUACUUCCCUGCCUAAUGUUGUUACAGAAGAGAUGAAGAGACGUGUGGUCAAUAAGGUCAUUCCAUCUGAUAUGAUAUCAUCAUCUUCUCCCAGCAGUGCGGGACUGCUACCAACUACUAUGCUUCCGGAAUUCGAGAGUGCCUAUGUUUCAACAUCAACUUUUCCACCUCUGGAAGCAUUUCAUUCGGUCUCUCCAAGCCUUGAACAACAUGGCUCUGCUUCUUCUGCGACUGAGGUACUCUCUCAGACAACUCUACCAGUAUCGAAUGGUGAGAUACCUCUUCAACCCUCAUACACUAGUGAAGUUUUUCCUCUAGUUACUCCUUUGUUGUCUGAAACGCAGUUCCUGAAAGCUACCCCUGCUACUUCAGAUUUUGGUCAGCUCCUGCAUGCCACACCUGUAUUUCCCAAUGUUGAUGUGUCAUUUGAACCUUCCCUGUCUUCCUAUGGUGACGUUCCUUUGCUUACACUUUCCUCCACUUCCUCCAGUAGAAAAGUGUUUGGUCAUCAUGCAGGUUCAGAAAUGUACUCACAAGUCAUGCAGACUGUUGCAACUGAUACCCUUUCUUUGCAUGUUUCUUUGGCCUUGUCUGAAACCAAUGCAUUAGGUCAGCCAAGCCAAACACAUUAUUCUGAUGUAAAUCCACAUCAGACUGAUCAUGCUGCUUCUGAGAUGCUAACAUAUGGCCAUGAGAGUGACACCUUUAAUAAUGUCCAAUUGAUUUCUCCACUUGAACCUUCAAGCACUGAUUUAAAGAUGCAUGCACUUUCCACGGUGUCUGAACAUGCCUAUCCUUUUUCUAAUAGUUUGGCUUCAACAGAACCCUUUGCUGUCUCCUCUGACUCAUCAGCCCAUGUGCAUGAUUCUGUUGGCAUAUUUCACCAGGGUACCUUAACUACAAUGUCUAGCACUGAACAGCAUCUUAAACCAAGUACUGUAAUGAUACAAGGGGAUGUUUUACUUCUUCCUACACACACCAUUGUUAGUGAAGGGGAUAAUUCCAAAAUGUUCUCUGGUAGUGGGUAUUUUGUGAAUGGGAUAGAUGAUCUGAACAGUCUUAUUGUGUCCUCAGCCUCUACAGUAGCUCCAGUAAAAUAUACCAUACCCAAGCUUGAUCAAAGCCAACCAAUUGCUAUAGGUCCUACAGUAGAUAACUCUGACACUGGACCACAAACUACCUCUACCUAUGGUGAAGUAGCUUUACAUAAAGAACAUCACCUGAUGGGAGAUAUUUCUUCAUCUGAUGUAAUAAGAGAAACUAAAUUGUCACCAGAAAUGAAUCCAGGGUCUUAUCCCACUACUAGCAAUUUUGAUGCUGACAUUAACGAAGUGUCAGAAAAUCUGCUACCUGUUCAGCCAUUAAAUGCUGUAUCCACAACCUCUGGUGACAUAUUGCUUAAAGCUACGCUUGCUGCAGCCUCAAAAACUGUCUCUGCUUUUACUGAUCUGCUACUUUUGCCAACUCAGGAUUUUUUUUAUGAGAUACCAGAAAAAGCCAUUAAUGAAGCACUGACGCAGACUGUAUCCCAGUUGCCUAAUACUAGCAUUGCUUCAGCUGUACCCAAUGUUGGAGAUUUGAAUGAAACACCCAAUUCCUAUCCCUUAAGCUCUAACACUGGCUCUGUGCUGCUGCCUUCUGUUGGUGCUACUUCUGAGUCUUUGUUGCUUACUACUUAUGUUUCACCUGUUCGUAAUUCUUUGCCUCCAAGUUUUAUUCAGCCUGCAUAUUCUCAGCACACAAUGUCAGACUUGCAUGAAAAUGUUGUUACACCUCAUUUGUUCUCUAAUGUAAAUUUUGAUGGAAAUGUAUCGCAGUCAGACGGCAAUGACAUAACUGUUAAGCCUUUAGAUAUUGUACCUGCCUAUGAUUCUGCAAGUUCGCAAACAGUUUCUACUCCAUUGUUGCCACAAGACACUACCUUGUAUACCCAUACACCACCAUAUGCUUCUGCUACGCAUGGCAUUCCUGUUGUGUCUUCACAGUAUACUAAAGGCAGUGUGUUACCCACCUCUGCUCUUGAAAGAAAAGCUAAAGAGUCUGUUCAUCACCCUGUUAUUUUACCAAAUGUGUAUGUUUCUGUUACAGCUGAUUCUCCAAACAGUGAGAGUCCUAGCACAUUAUCAAUGUUAACAGCUACAUCUCAAACAACAACUGAUGUGUUAUCUUCUGUCAGCACUUAUAUCAAAAUGGGCUCUUCUGUAGUGGAUGAUGGCUAUCUUGUUGUAGCUAGAACAGAUUCCACACCAUCUACAGAACCCCAAGAGCAUGCAGUAGCUGAUACUAGUAGUUAUGUAUACAGUGGGACGGAGAAGAAUAACUUAAGUUUAACUGAAGCCACUGAGCAGCCCGAAGAAGGAAGUGCAUUAUCAACAGCUGCAUCUGACAGCCAAACAAGCCAUGACAUGGAAGAAGUAAGCCAUUCAACGCCUCCAAGUGUUGACCUGAAGAAACACAGUGACCCAGCUGUUCUGGAAACGCACAUUAAGACUAAUAAUGCUGCCUUGGAAAAUACAUCUGAGUCAAGUUCUUGGGCAGUACUAACUAGUGACGAAGAAAGCGGUUCUGGUCCAAGUACCUCCGAUAGUCUUAGUGAUAAUGAGACUUCUACAGAUUUCAAUUUUUCAGACCUUAAUGACAAAGACAAAGACUUUGAGGUUGCAGUUGAACCAGGUAAAGCAGAGUUAACCCCUGGAUCUGAAAUGACAUCACCACCGUCUAUAAGUAUUGAUCGUUCAACAGUAGCCAACGAGUCUGAGGCAGAGUUUUCUAAUCAAGAGGCAAGUAAUAGUAGCCAUGAGUCUCGUGUUGGUCUAGCAGAAGGGUUGGAAUCACAGGAGAAGACAAUUAUACCACUAGUGGUCGUCUCAUCCCUGACCUUUAUCUGUCUUGUGGUACUUGUGGGUAUUCUUAUAUACUGGCGGAAAUGCUUUCAGACUGCACAUUUUUACUUGGAGGAUAAUACUUCACCAAGAGUAAUUUCAGCCCCCCCAGCACCAUUGUUUCCAGUUUCAGAUGAUGUUGGAGCAAUACCUUUAAAGCAGUUUCCUAAACAUGUUGCAGAACUACAUGCAAGUAAUGGAUUUACUGAAGAGUUUGAGGAGGUUCAGAACUGCACUGCAGAUUUAGGAAUAACAUGUGACAGCUCAAACCACCCAGACAACAAGAAUAAGAACAGAUACAUAAACAUUGUUGCUUAUGAUCACAGCAGAGUUAGACUUUCACAAGUCGGAGAAAAGGAUGGAAAUCCAACUGAUUACAUUAAUGCAAAUUAUGUUGAUGGUUACAAGAAGCCAAAAGCUUACAUUGCCGCUCAAGGACCUCUCAGAUCAACUGCAGAAGAUUUCUGGAGAAUGAUUUGGGAGCACAGUGUAGAAGUUAUUGUCAUGAUAACUAACCUGGUUGAGAAGGGAAGAAGGAAGUGUGACCAAUAUUGGCCAUCUGAUGGCAGUGAGGAGUAUGGUACAUUUUUGGUUACCCAGAAAAAUACCCGUACCUUGGCUUAUUACACUGUAAGAACAUUUACACUGCGGAACACCAAGAUUAAAAAGGGCUCCCAAAAAGGAAGAUUGAAUGAGCGGGUGGUAACUCAAUACCACUAUACACAAUGGCCUGAUAUGGGUGUUCCCGAAUAUUCUCUCCCUGUUCUGACAUUUGUAAGAAAAGCCUCUACAGCAAAGCGUACAGCAAAUGGACCGGUCGUAGUGCAUUGCAGUGCCGGUGUUGGAAGAACUGGAACAUAUAUUGUCUUGGAUAGCAUGCUGCAGCAAAUUAAACAAGAAGGCACUGUAAAUGUUUUUGGCUUCUUAAAACAUAUCCGAAGUCAAAGAAAUUACUUAGUGCAAACAGAGGAGCAGUACAUCUUCAUUCAUGAUGCUCUGGUUGAGGCCAUUCUGAGCAGAGAAACAGAAGUAGCAGAGAGUCACAUUCAUACCUAUGUUAAUGCUCUCCUAACAACGGGCCCAUCUGGAAAAACGAGACUAGAAACGCAGUUCAAGUUGCUAAGUGAACCCAAUAUCCUACAAUGUGACUAUUCUGCAGCUUUAAAGGUGCAUAACAGGGAUAAAAAUAGAACCUCCUCCAUUAUUCCAGUUGAAAGAUCAAGAGUGGGCCUUUCUUCACUGGCUGGAGAAGGAAGAGAUUACAUUAAUGCUUCGUAUGUCAUGGGUUACCAUGAAAGUAAUGAAUUCAUUAUAACACAGCAUCCGUUAUUACACACUAUAAAAGAUUUCUGGAGGAUGAUCUGGGACCACAAUUCUCAGACAAUUGUAAUGCUUCCCGAUAACCAGAACAUGGCUGAAGAUGAAUUUGUCUAUUGGCCAAACAGAGAUGAACCAAUUACCUGUGAAACCUUUACUGUAUCUUUGGCCGGAGAAGAUCACAUUUGUCUUUCUAAUGAGGAAAGACUCAUUAUCCAAGACUUUAUUUUAGAAGCUACACAGGAUGACUACGUUUUGGAAGUGAAACAUUUCCAUUGUCCAAAAUGGCCAAAUCCUGACAGUCGAAUAAGUAAGACAUUUGAGCUUAUUAAUCUGAUCAAGGAAGAAGCAGCUAAUAAAGAUGGACCUAUUGUUGUACAUGAUGAGUAUGGAGGAGUGACAGCUGGAACAUUCUGUGCUUUGUUCACUCUCAUGCAACAACUAGAAAAUGAAAACUCUGUAGAUGUUUAUCAGGUGGCCAAGAUGAACAAUCUAAUGCGACCAGGGAUUUUUACAGACCUAGAGCAGUUUCAGUUCUUAUAUAAGGCUAUCCUGAGUCUGGUGAGCACAAGGCAGGAGGGACAGGUUGCAGGUAUGGAGAGCAAUGGAUCGGCUCUUCAAGAUGGAAACACCUCAGAAAGCCUGGAAUCCUUAGUUUAAACAUGGGAAUUGUCUGGCUGUAUCUGUCUCAAACCUCUUCCAGCACUGUUUUUGUAAAUGACUUACUUACUACCCACAAUUACUAAUGUGUGCCUUGGGGAACAUUUUGUAAUCCAUCGCCUCUUGAUAAUUUGACCAGAUAUGGCAGUGUUUUAUAAAUGGAGUGGUCACAUAUUUACUCGGAAUGAAUUUACUACUAGCACAUUUCUAAUCUGUCGAUUCUUGAUAGCUGUGUACUUUUCCAGCACCAAUACGUACUGUGUUUUAUUGUGUUAAUGCUUACAUUUAGUAGUUUUAAUAUAAAAUUGUAAAUAGUACAUCAUUUCAAGGAAGAUGCUAUGCCGAGCUAAGGAAGUAAUAAACUAACAUUUAUUGUAAAUACUGUUUGUGACUCCAUGGACCAAAUUUAUAUUUAUAAAUGUAGAUUUUUAUAUUUGAUGCCAGAGUCAGUUUUCUAGUUACUUGUAUUUGCAUUGUUAAAUUGAUAUGCUGUUUUUAUUGCAACUAGAUGUUCUGACCCGUUUAUGCAUAUCUUUAAUGACAUACUUAUUGUUGUUUUGCAUGGAAUGUUAACAAUUCUGUAAUAAAUCUUAAAAAUGGUUCCAGUA